UAAGAAAUAUUCUGUUUUUAUAAUUAUUAUGCUCUUUGAGCAUUUUUACCAGAUUAAUCUAUGACCAACAAAUAUGCAUAAUUAAAAUGAGUUACAUAGAAUUGGAAAUACCGUUUUGUAACUAUUUCAAAAACCAGAUUUCAGUAGCCGUCUUUAAUCUGCCGUACAAGAACAAGUGGAGUUGUUGACUUAGUUAAUUUACGAUAGCCGGUACAUUCACCACGGGAUUACAAUAAGAAUGGUGCAUCAAAAGUGUUUUGCGGUAUUGUUAAUAGUUGGUUGUUUUUGUUUUUGCCAAAAUGAAGCACAACAAGAUUUAAAACGAGGUUCCACCUGCCGUACUCCAAAUGGAGAUACAGCGACAUGUAUAUCCAUAUUUGAUUGUUCCCGAUUCGUAACAACCAUUCGUUCUGGAUCACCUUCCCAGAUCAAAUUUAUACAAAGUUCCCAAUGCGGUUGGGACAACCACGCACUAGUUUGUUGCGGUACUGAUAUUGACUAUAAAUCAACAAGAUCUCCACCAGUUACUGUAGGAACUCCAGUGGGAAGGACAGUUCGGACAGGAUUUAGAAGAAAUAUCGCUAUACCAGAUAGGGCCAACUGUGGACGCCAGGAGGCGGACGAGGGUUUAUCAGGCUUCAUAUAUGGAGGUAAGGAGACUCAACUAGACGAAUUCCCUUGGUUGGCAAGUUUGGGAUAUACCGACCGCUUUGGAAGGAGACAAUGGUCUUGCGGAGGUACUCUUAUUAACAAUAGAUAUGUACUAACGGCUGGACAUUGCGUUAUUGGAGAGAUCGAACGGAAAAUUGGAAAAUUAUCUGUUGUAAAAUUUGGAGAACACAAUACAGACACUAUUAUUGACUGCAAUAAAGACUCAAAAUGUAAUAAUAGACCUGUUACUAUUGAAGUAGAUCAAGUAGAGUAUCCACCAAAUUAUGACGGAUUGUCUAACAGUCCAUUUGAUAUAGCACUAGUGAGAUUGAAGCAGAAAGUUGAUUAUACAAAUUUCAUAAGACCAAUUUGUCUGCCUGAACCUAACGAAGCCUCUAGAAACGCAGAAAUGAUGACCACAGCUGGUUGGGGACGAAUCGAAAAUGGAACAGCUUCAAAGGUCCUUCUAAAGGUUGAAAUUCCAUUUGUCGAUAAGCGACAAUGUAGUAGAUUAUAUUCAUCCGCAGGUGUCUUCUUAAUAGAUUCUCAAAUUUGCGCAGGAGGCGAGGGAGGCAAAGAUUCGUGUGCAGGUGAUAGUGGAGGACCCCUAAUGCGACGAUCUUCUGCAAACCCUUUGGUGUGGUAUCAAGAAGGAAUAGUUUCUUUUGGAGCUUUAAAAUGUGGCAUUAAAGGAUUACCUGCAAUUUAUACCAGAAUUGCAGAUUUCUUACCUUGGAUUCAUACUACUGUUAGAGAUUAAGUUAAAAAAUAGUGUAGAUAAUUUUUUACCGAAUAAUUGUUCUCAUAGAAAAUCGGUUCAUGAUUAAUGUGUUCCACGAUACAAAAAUUUAUUUGUAUUUUCACAUGCGUAACUAAAUAGUUUAAAAUCUAAAAUAGUGUUCGAAUUGUAUCAUAAGUAAGCAAGUGUUUGAUAAAGUCUGACAAAUAAAAUAAAGCAAAU